UUCACGUGGCGGCGUCUCCGUCGCCCCCCUCGGCUGGGCUGCGAUCCAAUACAAAAGACGAACGUCCUCCCUGGCCGGCUGGCUUGCUCGCCUGCUCCUCCGCCCGGCUCCGUUGUCUUGCAUCGCUGUCCAGCUUCCCGCCCGUCUCCACACACUCCCGUCCACCCGCCAGCAUCGCCAUGGCCAGCUUCAUCCAGUCCCUCAUCCCCGAGUCCGUGCGGGACACGUCCUCCAUCUACGAGGCCGUCAACCGCAUGGAGGGCGAGUACCCCACUGAGAUCGACAACCCGGACCUCCAUCCCGAGCUGAAGAUUGAGCAAGUCACUGUGUCCCACGACAACACUAUUCCUGUUGAGGAGCAAAAGUUCCAGAAGGAACGCAAGGAGUUCAUGAGAGAGGCCUUUGCGCGCUUCAUUGGCGAGCCCGUCGAGAACAUCCACCCCGACGACAUCCCCGUUAUUGCCAUCACCGGCAGCGGUGGCGCCUUCAAGUCCAUGACCGUUACCGCUGGAUAUUGCAAGGGCAUCUACGACUCUGGAUUCUGGGACUGCAUCAUGUACAUGGCCGGCGUCAGCGGCGGCUGCCUCACCCUCGCUACGUACUUCACCACCUCCGGUCGCUCUGUCCCAAACAUGAUCGAACACAUCAAGCGCACCAUCGUCCACCACCCCGCCGACCCCAUCCACCUCUACCAGAUUCUCCAAGAAGAUCUUGAGAAGCGUGUCCACAAGGUCUUCAGCGGCCUGGCUCUCAAGAAGGUCCUUGAUCUCCCCCGCGGUGUCAUUGACACCUGCGGCUGCAUCAUGAACUGCUUCUUCUACGGCGGUAUCUCGGGCAACUGGGACGACGAUCAUUUCAAGCUCAGCCACCACAGCAAGUUCCUCGAGGGUGGCCAGAACCCGAUGCCCAUCUACACGUGCACCCGCCACGAACGCCCCUGGGCCGACAAGUUCGACCCCGAUCUUCCAAAGGAAGAGUACGAGGCCAUGCUGAAGACGUACGAAACCCGCGAUGCCUUGAAAGAAAAGUCCGAGUUUGAUCCCCGCGAUCCAAACAGCCCCUGCGCCUGGUGGCAGUGGUUCGAAAUCACUCCCUUCCAGCUUGGCUGUGACGAGCUCCAAGCCUGGGUUCCCACCUGGGCCUUUGGCAGAAAGUUCGUCAACGGCAAGUCCAUCAACGUCGUACCUGAACAGAACUUUUCGCUCAUCAUCGGCAUGACCGGCAGCGCCAUCUGUGCGCCCCUGACCACCACCAUCCAGACCUUCCAGCGCUCCGAGACCACGUCGACUGUCCAGGCCAAGCUCAAGGAAUUCCUUGGCACUCUCAUCCAGCCCAACGCCAGCCUGUGGCUUAAGCAGCUGCUGAACAUCCAUCCCUUCCACGCCUCGUACAACUGGAACUAUAUGUACGAGGAGGGCCCCGAGAAGACUCCCCCUGGCAUCAAGAACUCGAAGCGCAUCCAGCUGGUCGAUGCCGGACCAGACAACAACCAGCCCCUGUACGUGCUCACCCGCGAGGGCCGCAACGUCGACAUUGCUUUUGUCUUUGACUCGAGUGUCGAUGUCGAGCGCAACGUCGUGACUCCCGACAUUGAAUCCUUUGGCAAGCGCAAGGGUCUCUCGAUGAAGCUUGCCUCGGCUGCACCUCCUCCUCAAGAACAACCCACCCCCGGUGUUGCCCGAGUCCCUAACACGGCCGAGUCGCUCCGCGAAAAGUACAAGAACCGCUACCUGCAGGUCUACGAGAUGACUCCGAACAACCCCACCGGCGCCAACAUCUACGGCGCCCGCAAUGCCACGCAUCCCAUGACCGUUGCCUACAUGCCCAUCCUGCCCAACCCCGAGAUGCCCGAGUUCUACCCUAACGACAUUGGCUUUGGCCAGUUCCAGUACAAGCCUGAGGAGGUCGAGAACCUCCUGAACUGCGGCACCCUCAACUGGAAGCAGGAAGAGUCCCGCAUCCGUGAUGUUGUCCGCACCGCCUGGCAGCGCAAGCGUGAUGCUCGCCUUGGCCGCCGCUAAUAGUCGACCCCGUCCUAUCCUGUCCUGUCCUGUCCUGUCCU